AUGUUCGACGGCGAUGCUGGCUCGUCGUCGGCGCGGAGCGUGGUGCGCAGCUCCAGCAUCAGCGGAGAGAUGUUCGGCCUGGAGAAGAGCGCGCGCGGGAGCGCUGACUCCGUCGCCGUCACCGCCAGCAAGAAACGGCGCUCCAGCCUGGGCGCCAAGAUGGUGGCGAUCGUGGGGUUGUCGCAGUGGAGUAAGAGCACCCUGCAGCUCAACCAGACGGCCCUGGGGGUGGCCCUGACGGUGUCACACCCCUGUGCAGGUGAUGUCCACGUGGGCGUGGCUGACCGCAAUGGGCAGCUGGAGGUGGACGUGAUCCAGGCCAGGGGGCUGAUCCCAAAAAUGGGCUCCAAGUGCAUCCCCGCCACCUACGUCAAGGUGUACGUGCUGGAGGCCGGGGUGUGCCUGGCCAAGAAGAGAACCAAAGCGGUGAAGAGAACGAGCGAGCCCUCGUUC